UUUAAAUAGACCUCUUUGUCACCAUUUCUUCCACACCACAAUUCACCAGCAUUAGUCUAUUGUGUGUGUUUAAGAGAGAGACAUAAAAGAGUGAAACAAUAUGGCAAGUUGGUACGUAAUGUUCAUAUUUGCAUUAGUACUAGUGCAUGCAACAGCAAGAAACAUUCCCGAAGUCACAAAACCUAAUAACGUCGCUCAAACUCAUGAUAAAAAUUUAAACACUGAGAUUUUAAGUACUGCUCCAACACCAAGCACUACUGGAGGCCUUAAUGACAAGAAAAACUUCAUCACAUUUGGUGGCAUAGGCAGCUGCUCGGGAAUUGGUGGUUAUGGUGGAAUUUUGCCAACUCUUGGUGGAGUCGGUGGCGGUCUUGGUGGAGCCGGUGGUGGUCUUGGCGGUGCUGGGGUUAAAGGAAUUGGUGGCGUUGGCGCCGCUGGAGGUGUUGGAGGCGUUGGUGGUGUUGGGGGUCUAGGUGUUGGUGGUGGUAUCGGUGGUUAUAAAGGUGUGGGAGUUAUCAUUCCUUAGAAGUUUUAUUUACUAGUGUUUUUCAAUGUCCCUCCACUAUUGCAUGUCCAAGUUCAUGUGUUUUCAUUUUGAAGUUUUCAAGUGUGAGUACUAUUGUUCGUAGACUAUUAAUGUAUUAGCUAUUGUUCCUAAGUCAUUGUAAUAAGGACAUAGUGAUAGUUUGUUUAGGUUGUGUUAUGUUAUGUUCAUUUCCCAUGUCAUUGGGAUUGUUGGUUUAACUUGUUUCUAAUAUAUGAACUUUAAUUUGUUUCCAAGAA